AUGGUGGCAUUGUUCUGUAAAGACAAUGCCACCAACACUAAUAAUUCAAUUCCUGCUGCUUCUCAUUCUCCUGCUGCUAAAAUGACUACCAUCAAGUCUCUUUUUGUGGACUGUUUACCUUUUUACAAAUGGCAUUACCAGCUUUUUGCACAGCGCAAAUAUGAAUUGAUGGUUUCUCAAACUGUCAGUGAAGAUGAUGCAUUGAUCAAUCGCAAACUUCCAAAAGAACUUCUCUUAAGGAUAUUUUCCUUUCUUGAUGUGAUUACACUCUGUAGAUGUGCACAGAUUUCCAAGUAUUGGAAUGUUCUUGCACUUGAUGGAAGUAACUGGCAGAGAGUAGAUCUCUUUGACUUCCAGUUGGCUAUCGAGGGUCCAGUAGUUGAACACAUUUCCAAACGAUGUGGUGGGUUUUUGAAGUCCUUGAGUUUGAGGGGCUGUCAGAGUAUUACUGAUGGUGCUUUAAUGAAAUUUUCACAACAGUGCAGAAAUAUAGAAGAGCUAAAUUUGAACAAUUGUAAAAAGAUAACAGAUCUAACCUGUCAAAGUUUAGGGAAAUACUGUGUCAAAUUAUCUCGCUUAAAUUUGUCAUCAUGUACAGAGAUUUCAAACAAUUCCUUAAAAUCUUUGAGCGAGGGCUGUCCAAAUCUUGAAUAUCUCAACAUAUCGUGGUCUAGUCAGGUGACAAAUGAUGGGGUGGAUGCUCUGGCCAAAGGGUGCCCGAAAAUAAAAUCUUUCCAUUCCAACGGGUGUCAUCAGAUCACCAAUGAAGGCAUUGGUCCAUUGGCAAUGAACUGCAGCAACCUGUUAACUUUGAAUCUUAACAGCUGCUCACACAUCACAGAUGAAGGUAUUCAGCAAAUCAGCCGUAACUGUCACCAGUUACAGGUUCUCUGUGUGUCCAAUUGUUGCCUCCUUACAGAUGCAGCAUUGUUUUCACUUGCUAAGGGCUGCCUUGACAUGCGGACCUUAGAGGUAGCAAGUUGUUCUCAGUUUACAGAUAAUGGAUUCCAAGCCUUGGCACGGAGUUGUCAUAUGUUGGAACGAAUGGAUUUGGAAGAAUGUGUUUUGAUAACAGAUGCUACAUUAGCAAGCUUAGCUAUGAAUUGCCCCCGUCUCCAGGCACUGAGUCUCUCUCACUGUGAACUUAUCACUGAUGAGGGAAUCCGUCAUUUGGGAACCAGCACUUGUGCUCUGGAACACUUGUCUGUCCUGGAAUUAGACAACUGCCCUCUCAUCACCGACGCUUCAUUAGAACAUUUAACUGGCUGCCAGUGCUUAGAGCGAAUAGAACUCUAUGAUUGUCAACUGAUCACCAGGGCUGGUAUUCGCAGAUUGAAGAGUCACUUGCCGGCCAUUAAAGUUCAUGCCUAUUUUGCUCCUGUGACCCCACCCCCAUCUGUCGGGGGUGGCCGACAAAGAUACUGCCGCUGUUGUGUGAUUCUCUGA